AUGCCUCUUCGAGAUGCCCAAGGAAGAUUUUGUGGAACCCUCCACCGAAAGCAAGCAGAUAAUAAUUGGCAGCGUAAUUACUUUGUCUUGGAUGAGGACAAAUGCUUACUUCGUUAUUUCUCCAUUAUGAAUGCUAAAGUAAGUGAGAAUUUUCAAUACUGUUUUGCUUUGUUUUUGUCAUUUCGUUUCAGAUUGUCUUUUAUGUUCACUCAAUUAUCACACAAUUCGAGGGGCUCAUUAUGUACCACUCGAAUCGCAGCACUUCCGUCUUUUUAAUAUGUUCACGAGAACGUACUUUGAUUUUAUUAUAAGUUUAAAUUGUACAGCAAGGGGUAAAAAUCGAAAUUGCUGUGAUUAGACUUCAAUGGAGAUAAGCUUACAUCAGCCGGUGAAGAAGGAAAUAAAAUUUCCAAACUUUAUUAACGCCUGUUUACGGUAUUUGAACUUAAACAAAUUAUGCAGCUUGCAAGUUAAAAAUCUUAGGUACGCUGACUAUUUAAUGAUGUACUUGAUUGUGAGGUUCUAAAAACCAACGUCUGUGUGGUAAAGUUAUUUUUAGAACUAGAACUGUGCCAAGAGGUGGUUUCUAUGUUUACACUGUUGCCAUAAACUUCUCAAGGAUUUUGCGACCUUAUUNGUGGAACCCUCCACCGAAAGCAAGCAGAUAAUAAUUGGCAGCGUAAUUACUUUGUCUUGGAUGAGGACAAAUGCUUACUUCGUUAUUUCUCCAUUAUGAAUGCUAAAGUAAGUGAGAAUUUUCAAUACUGUUUUGCUUUGUUUUUGUCAUUUCGUUUCAGAUUGUCUUUUAUGUUCACUCAAUUAUCACACAAUUCGAGGGGCUCAUUAUGUACCACUCGAAUCGCAGCACUUCCGUCUUUUUAAUAUGUUCACGAGAACGUACUUUGAUUUUAUUAUAAGUUUAAAUUGUACAGCAAGGGGUAAAAAUCGAAAUUGCUGUGAUUAGACUUCAAUGGAGAUAAGCUUACAUCAGCCGGUGAAGAAGGAAAUAAAAUUUCCAAACUUUAUUAACGCCUGUUUACGGUAUUUGAACUUAAACAAAUUAUGCAGCUUGCAAGUUAAAAAUCUUAGGUACGCUGACUAUUUAAUGAUGUACUUGAUUGUGAGGUUCUAAAAACCAACGUCUGUGUGGUAAAGUUAUUUUUAGAACUAGAACUGUGCCAAGAGGUGGUUUCUAUGUUUACACUGUUGCCAUAAACUUCUCAAGGAUUUUGCGACCUUAUUAAAUCAGUUGCGGUUUCAUAUGCACUGUGAAGGUACUAGAAUGUAAAAACAGCUGAUUCUCAACAACAAUACCAAAACUGGGUUCUUAAAAGCCACUAAUAAUUAUUAUUUUACUUAUUAUUUUAUUGCACUGUAACUGAUUGAAACAGGAAACAUGAAAUUCUACCCACUGGGCCACUGGGUCAGCUUGCCUCCUCAUAUAAACACCAUGAACAUUGCAUACACCAGCACUUGUGGGAUAAAUAAUGAGAACUGAGAACUCUGCCAUUAUCGACAUAGCCUUAGAUAGCUAAACAUUGUUAGCUACAUGUAUUUUGCUGCAAUCAAUAAAAACAUGCCCUUCAAGAGCUUUGAAGGAACAUAGAAAGGAGGCAAAAACUUUCACUGUACACAAAGCUAAUUAGUUCAGCUUGAUAAGUCUUUAACGUUGUUUAUGAAUGCUAUGUUUUAUCAGGAAGAAGAACUGGACUGGGAUGAUUAUGAUGGAGAAAUUAACAUCCGGCUCAUAACCAAGGUUUUAAUAUACAUUUCCAUAAUUGUGAAGAUUUGUUAUAAACAGACUGUGUUGUAAGCUCUAGGGGUUGUGCAUUAUUUUCAAAGUUUAGUAUGCAGUAAAAAUAACAGCAAUGUUUAUUUGUACUGUGGGUUAUAAAUAAACAACUAAAUAUAGCAUGUAAAUUUAAAAUACAUUAUUAAUUUUUCGUAAAUCCCAGUGAUUUUGUUUCCUCUGUGUCCUGCGUCCCUGACGCAUAAAAAUCCCCAGAGACACAAAAUAAUUCAAGGCAUGCAUCCCACAGGACGCAAAGAAUGAUCGAUCAACGUGAACAUUUUUUGGUAGAACAUCCUGUUCGUGUGAUUUCUGUGGCUGUUACUAAGUUUAAAGAUACGUAUUUUUUUAGCCUUUUUGUGCUUUUUAUAUAUACCGGGUAGAAGGGCUACAUUUUAAUUUCAGUAAACUGUAAUGAAGAGUUUUGGCAUCUGUCUCCAGAUUAACUGUCUGGUUACAUAAUGGCCCUGAAGCAUUUUCAAUUUGGGACUCCUUGUUUUUUUGAACUGGGACUCAUUGGUUAUGGACAGGGACUCAUGAUUUUUCACAAGAUGAGUCCCAGGACUCACCAUAACUAUUUGUAACAAAAUAACAGAAAUCCACCAUUUUUUUCAUUAUUUUUUAUAAUAUAUUUAUUUUCCUAGCUUUCACAGUUUCAGCCAUUUUUGCAUAAAAUGUGCUGUGUUGAGCAUGUAUUUUUUCAGUGUGGUUCCAGAAAAUAUCAAUACCCACCUCCAUGAAGGCUCAUAUUAAAUUUGAAGGGAGAGAGGGGUAUUUUUAAAAGCUAAAUUUUGAAAAGGAAAGAACGAGGAUUAACUGGAGUUUCCAGAGGGGUGGGGUUGUUUAAAGCAAAAAACACCUGGGGGUUAGAGUAUGGAAUUAGUUACUGAAACAACACAAAAAUAUUAGCAUCGUUUCCUUCUGUGAAAUUCUUACCUUCUGUCAGACUAUUAUCACCUUCAUCUUGCAGUCUAGGUAGAUCUCCAGUAAUAACCUAUCAAAAACCUUUCUUACUUUGAUUUAUUUUUAGAUUGAGGAUAAAUCAAAGAGUGAUGAUAAGUCAAUACCUGAUGGAUGUAUUAUUGGUAAGUGUAAAGAGUAUUAAGAUGUGAUAAAUUUCACUAUAAGAGCAUUUUUUGUGAAUCUAUAAUGUCACAAACUGCUGUCAAAAAAAGUUGAAGGAAGCCACAUCCAACUCAACUGAUACAUAUUGUCCCUAUAUCAAGGCAAGGCACUUACAUUUUCUCUGGUCACUUACUAUAUCAAGAAUAUUGACAUAUUAUUGUUGACCUUUUCACUCAAUUACCUGCCAACAGAUUUAGAAGUCAAGAAAUAUUAUUGUUUUUCUACAUUUUAGUGAAUUGUGCAUGCCUGGUGAAUGGCCAUAUGACUGAACUUUCUUGUAAAUGAGUAAAGGAGAUAUUUUUAAACAAGUUGGACCCCCCCUCCCGUGUUGCAAAAAGUCUGGGUGUAGGAUUUGUCACCUUUUUUCACUGUCAUAGUAACCACAGAUUUUGUCUUCAUGCCAUGCUGAUAUUCUUGUAGCAUCUUGGGGCAUAAUUUGCAGACAGUCAAUCUUCCAUAGGUCUUGAGCAAGGCACUUACAUUUUCUCUGGUCACUUACUAUAACAAGAAUAUUGACAUAUUAUUGUUGACCUUUUCACUCAAUUACCUGUCAACAGAUUUAGAAGUCAAGAAAUAUUAUUGUUUUUCUACAUUUUAGUGAAUUGUGCAUGCCUGGUGAAUGGCCAUAUGACUGAACUUUCUUGUAAAUUAGUAAAGGAGAUAUUUUUAAACAAGUUGGACCCCCCCUCCCGUGUUGCAAAAAGUCUGGGUGUAGGAUUUGUCACCUUUUUUCACUGUCAUAGUAACCACAGAUUUUGUCUUCAUGCCAUGCUGAUAUUCUUGUAGCAUCUUGGGGCAUAAUUUGCAGACAGUCAAUCAAUAGGUCUUGAGCAAGUCCUUUGGUCUGUUUAAAGUAGGUAACCUGUCUUGUAAGUCCCUUUUGUCUAGUAAGGCUGUUUUUUAGCUAGGUCAAAAUUUUUUACCCCUCCCACCAACCCUUUGGUGACACAUAACUCUCUCUUCUAUCUAUGUCUGUGACCCUCUGCCUUUGCAAAAACUCUUCCCUUAACCAGGGUUCUAUCUAGGGUAUUUGAGGGGUAGAAGCUUCCCCCCACAAAAAAAAUGCCCAGCAGCUUCUCCUGAAAAAAAUUAAUGUUGUUAUCAUUACAGUGUAUAAGUAACUAUAUCGGAAAAAUCAUCCAGACGCGACGAGGUCAGUGCGCACACUGGAAUGUUUCUCAAAAUUGUGUCUCAAAAUGCACAAGAUUGCAUCUCAGCGCAUAUUCAUUUAAAAAAAUUUAUGGGAGGGGGAGGGGGCAUGGCCCCAUGUCCCCCUAGGAAGCUCGUGGCCUUCAGCCACUUGGGACUUCUUCCCCAAAAGAUAAAUCCUAGAUAGAACCCUGUUAACUAAUAGUCCCACAAAGGCAGUAAGUGGCUGUUUGACAGUGGAAGUGUUAGACCAUUAUUUUCUUUACUGUACUACAAGCUCCUUCUCUACCUCUCCAUGUUGUUAGUUUUUACCAUCACCCACGGUGAAAUGUAGUUUUAUACUGUCCCUUAAUUCUUUUUUCUUGUUCCUGUGGCCCAUUCCUAAUGGUUUCUGAAAUCAACUUUCACUUCUUACAGUACAUAAAUUAUAGAGCUCUUCUGUCCCAUGUGAUAAGUACAAAUGUUCUGUUAAAGUACUUAAGAUAAUGCUAAUUCUUGAUUUAAUAAUAGAAAUUCAAACAUGCAAUGAGAGAUGUUAUGUACGAGCAGACACAAAGGAGGGAGCAGAGGAAUGGAUAAGAACAUUGCGCAAAGCAGCUGUGAGUUUAAUUGACAUGCAAUUAUGUACUGGACAGGUGUUAAAUGAGGCCCUGUUACCAGCUAAAAUUCUAACAGGCGACAUGGCCUUGAAACAGCGACAUAAGACAGCAGAAAUGGCAACAAAUGACACAAUGAUGAGCUGAAACUGCGACAGCGAUAUGGAUUUCUCCUCAAAUAUAUGCAAAAUCACAGGUUUUGACAUUCAGAUGAGGGACAUACGUCUCCCCCGCCCCCCUCCUAUGAGGACCUUUUAAAUGUGAUUGUGAUGAUAUUAAAUCAUUUUUAGCUGAUUUGGCUGAGAUAAUGGAAAAGAAAGGUGAAGCCUCAAAGUGAUUUUGUUUGCCUUUCACAUACUGGUAUUAUGAUUUUCUUCUGUCAUUGCCACAAAAAAUAUUUGUUUUCUAAUUUGCAAUCAUUUGCAGGUUGUUGAAGUGUUGGGAGACAAAGAAGAUGAUAGGCCCCCGCCCCCCCCUCCCCCACCCAUAAUAAAAUAAAGAACCAAAAAGCAAGGAAAAAGCUAACCUCUAGCCAUCUUGACCAAACAAAACUUGCGUGGCCAAUAAAAGAUUUGUGAUAUAAAUCGUUUUAUCUUUUCUCCUUUUCUCAUGACAACAAUUAAACUAUAGCCCACCAGGAAACCAGAUUCACUUCAUCUUACCUGCUGACAGAGCCAGCAAAAACAAGUAAUGUUACUAAUAUGUUACUUUAUGUUAUGUUAUUGUUCAUUGUGUAGCUCAAUUGUGUCUGGUAAAUUUUGCAGGUGAAUCCAUCCAAAAGGCAGGAAAGAAGAACAGAAGAAGCAGAAACAGUGAACCCUUCUGGGGAGGAUCAGGCCAAGGAAAGUACUGAUGAUAGUAAAACAGAGCAUGUGUGCUAUGAAACAAAAAUCAUUGGAGGUGUGGUUGUGAGAACACCUGUGACUAAGGUUAGUUAAAAAUUGAAAUGUUAUUGGAUUCACAUUUUUGUAGUCCCAUACAAGAUUGUGGUGCUGCAUCUGGAGUGGGGAGGUGAAUCAGUUGUAAGUUUUACCUUAAUUUGACGUGGUAUUUACAUUUAUUUGUUGCUUUUCAGUCAUGAAUGAAAGUGUGAGGUAUUUUUCUUUCCCAAAUAACAUGCGUCAUUAUAUUGUUUGGUAACAGGUAACAGAUUCGGAUGGUGAAAGUCAGUCCACUGAUUCAUUGACGCGUUCAGGAUCUGCUGGUGCAACCAGUACAAUAAAACCCAUUAAGGAGGGAUAUCUGGUCAAGAAGGGUGCUGUGGUGUGUUUGAGACAACUCUUAUUUACAAAUUUGAUAACUGUUGAAAUUCUUGAAGAUUCUCAUUGGUCAAGAUGAAAUGGCACAAUGGUAGUGCAACGCCUUCUUUCCCUGUCUUUCUAUGUGCAUGUCAGGAUGUUUUGAGAAACUUUGUUGAAAUUAACAUCCAAAAAAUGUAAAUUUGUUCAAACCAGCCUCAAUGAUAAUGCAAUUUCCCACUGCUGUUACAUACUUAUAGAGAAUAGAAAUGCAUCAAAAUCUUAAUGUAUACAUUGCAAUAAAAUCACUCCCAUCCACCCCCACGCCCUCCCCCUUGCCUCUUCUUAAAUUUCAUUUGAGUAUCAAACUUUUUUUGAUAGCGUAAAAUUAACGACCUGAAAAAAUGUAGACCUUAUGCAAAUAUUUUUAACUUGUAAAGUGCAAACAGAAUCAUAAUUUGGCCAUUUUCUUUUAAGUCUGCAGCAUUAAAUAUUUUGUUCCUUUGUAGGUUAAAAAUUGGAAAAAGAGAUAUUUCAAGCUGGAUUUUCUAAAACUGGCAUACUACGAGAAAGAAACAGUAAGUGGUUUAUAAGCUUAAGUCAGAUAUUAUGCAGUUCUUUAAUGAGUUCCUAUUGGGAACAUGCUGGUUAAAGGGAAAGAGUAUGUAUAACCUCAUCUAAAGAACGAGACAUUUUAUGCUUUCCAGUCCAUGGUUGAAGAAAUUAGCAUAUCACAUUUAUUUUGUUUCUCGCAAGGUGUAAAGUCGUGCCUGAAUUUGCAAAAUAACACAGGCAAAUUUCUAUCGGUCACAUUAAAUGUCGUUUUUAUUUUGUUUCCUUCAUUAGGAUAAAGAACCUAUCAAAGUGAUUUACUCAUCAGACAUCAAGGAUGCAAGGGAAGCUCUUGGGUAAAAUCUCAAUUAUUCAAUUGUGAACCUGUAAACUGUAAAUUGUAAUUUGUUUACUCAAGAAUCACGUAGGAGUUCUUGUUAACUAGUUUAAAAGUGUCCGUGCAUUCCAGAUUGAAUUGGAAUUUGGAAGUAUUGGUUGAGUCUUGGUUUUUGAGGAGAGGGUUAGGGUUUGAGAGAACCGGAGUUCUCAAAGAAAAACCUCUGGGAGCAAGGGAGAGAACCCAGUCCACACUUGUGGGAGGCGAGUUCUCUCACCUCAGCAUCACCCUUCCUCCCCAAAGGUUCACAAUUGUAAAGACACCAAGCUAAACUAACGUUAUUUAGAGAGGAUGUUUUUUUAUUGUUCUAAGAACUGAACAUCAAGAUAAAAUAGGCCUUUAGCAUUAGUUGAUCACGUAAACAUCAUCCUUGGAGACCCAGGGGCAGCUAGUCGGGAUGAUAGAAUGUUCGUGGUGAAAGUUAACUUUAUAGCUUUCACCACGAACAUUCUAUCAUUCUGACUAGCUGCGCCUGGGUCUCCGAGGAUGAUGUUUACCGAAAGUUGAUCACGUGAUCAACUAAUGCAAAAGGCCUGAACACUGGUAUUAGAUUUUGAAGAGAGUGAAAAGAGAGGUACCAUGAAAACAAACGAUACCAGGAGGACCAUCCAAACAGUUUAAGGCAGCCUUAUUUCAUAAGUUUACUGUAUCUCAUUACAGCUUGUCUCAGCUAGAUUCAGUGAUCAGAAGAAAUGAUUGAUCCCGAAUGUGUCAUUUGUUAUGCCACAAAAUAAUUAUCGGGUAUUACCAGAAUGAGAUUACAUGUCAGUCAUCAUAUGUCAUCCAGCGUUUUAUUUUCAUUAUAGUGUUGACAACAACAGGGAGUAUUUAUUUGAAGUGGUUACGUCAACAAGAACAUUCUUAUUUCAGGUAAUUAUCCUGGCGGGUCUUAAAUUAAUCGUAAGAAAUAAUGGGAAGGCGAAUACCCUACUGUAAACUGUUACUUAUAAGCCCUGGGCUUAUAAAUCUUCCUAAGGUUAAAGGGGUCUGUGAGAGCUUAUAAAUGGAGGGGUUUAUCUUUAAGGGGGCUCAUAACCGGAAAAGAAAAAGCCCUUGUAAACAAGAACAAGCCAUAGCAGUGCUGAUAAAAAUACUUUUUGCAUUUAAUGGUUUUUAUUUUAAGCUUCAAAAUGUCAUCUGCCGUUCAUCUUCUAUUAAGCCCCCCUUUUCAGAGUAAGAAGGAUACAGAUAUAGGUUUGACGGCAAACGAAAUUUCGUUGUUUAUUUAUAGGGAAGUACAGAAGAAGAAAUGAAGUCUUGGAUUGAUGCAAUUUCUAAAUUUGCAUCUCUUAGAGGCCGAUCCUCAAGUGAACCGGUAUGA